AUGACAACGAAUAACGAAAACAGGGAUAGCGCAAAUGCGGAGGAAGAAAUAUCACGAGAAGACGCAAACCUAUCGACUUGUCUAAAAAAUUUGGAACUCGAUGUUACUAAUAAGAAGCCUAUCAAGAUCAACAACACCAAAGUCAAUCCAUUUAUGCGAAGACGCUCCAAAUCACUCUCAUCUGUAAAUUCCAGUACAGAAUGUUACUGCAAUGUAAAAAACUCGUAUGUAAAACAUAGUACAUCAUUCAAGAGACCAAAUACUAAAGUUUUACGGGAACCUGUUCUAAAAUUUGUAAAAUACACAAAAAAAAAUCACAUUAAGCCUGUUUUGAAGACCAGUAAUAAGUAUGUCAAGAGAAGAGAUAAACAGUUUGGAGAUUGUUUUACUGAUGGAAAACAAGAUUUUAAGUCAAUUGUGGACGCUUGCAAUGAUAUGAGUUUAAAUAAUACUUUUGGCAAGUCUAAUGAGUACAGUUCUCACAGUUUUUCAGUAGCACGUCCUCAGACAAAAAUUCAAAGGACCACUGGUACAAAUUCAGGCACAAGUAGCUGUUCUCAUCAAGCUCGCAUGAAUAUACACUCUCCAUGUGAUGUUACAAUUGACGAACUAGCUAGUUAUUUUGAGACUUUUGUACAUAUUCCCAAAAAAAUGAGCUCUAUGGCUGAGAUGAUGUAUAUUUGAGUUUGUAGAUAUUAUUUCAGGUUACUGAUAAAUCGAUGGUAUUCAUUAGUUGAUUAUGAUAUAUUUAUUAUUUAGAAUGAGAUUCAAUCAUAUUUUGAUCAGAUUGGUUUAAAAUUUCAUCAAUUUUAAUAUUAAACUCUGUCAAAAAAACACAAAGAUGAUUAUUUCACUUAAGAUCUGUUUGGAUUUCAGCUAGAUAUAUAU